GUUGUUAGUCUUAAAAAGCAACCCAUUACACAGAGCCUUCCUCCUCCUCGCUUCCUGCGCACUGUCUCCAUUAUUACGUGCCCCGCAAACUACUUCACCAGCUUCCCUCACAUCUAAAUCUUAUCUAAGCCCUUUCUCUUUCUCUUUCUCAAUAUGGAUUUAACCCAAAACCUUAACAAUAAUCAUAGUACUGGAACUGGAACUGCGACUCACCUCUCUUCUUCUUACAAUGAUGGCGACCACACUGAAACGCCGCGUUUCAGUGAAGACUUUGGUUCAACCUGCUCCACUCCCUACGUUAGUGCAACAUCGAGCCCCGGACGUGGCCCCUCCUCGGGAUACUUCUUCAGUGCGCCGGCUAGUCCCAUGCAUUUCAUAUUGUCUCCUGCUCCUUCCCUAAACUCUCAUUUUUCGUCCGAGUCCUCGUUAGUUUCGGCUCAAUCGGAUGCUUCGUCUCUCGAGUUCGAGUUCUCGUCUCGCUUCCCCAGUAAUGGUUCUGUCACCGUUAGAUCCUUGAGUUCUGCUGACGAGUUGUUCCUGAACGGCCAGAUCAGGCCCAUGAAGCUCUCCUCUCACUUGCAAAGACCCCAGAAUCUAGCUCCUUUAUUAGAUCUAGACGUCGAGGAAGACGAUGAAGAUGGAAACAAGCAAGAAGCUUCACGAGGAAGGGAUCUCAAGCUUCGAAGUAGAUCACUUCAUAGAAAGGCGAGAUCUUUAUCACCGCUUCGAAACCCAGAUUUUCAAUGGGAAGAUGAUGAAGAAGAAGAAGAAGAUUGUAACAGAGAAGAACGGGAAGAAGUCAAUAAGCUCAUUUUGGAAGGAUUGAAAGAAACCAACGUGUCAAAGGAAACGACACCGUCUUCCUCUGCAUCUUCAUCAAGAUCAUCUUCUUCGGGCAGAAACUCCAAAAAAUGGAUAUUCCUGAAAGAUCUUUUGUAUAGAAGUAAAAGUGAAGGGAGAGCGAAUGGGAAGGAAAAGUUCUGGACUUCCAUUUCCUUUUCACCAUCAAAAGAGAAAAAGAUUCAAAUGGAACAGGAAAAGCCUCCACCUUUGAAACGUAAGCAAAAGGAAAACAAACAAGGCUCGGGCAAGAAAGCGGAUUCCGGGAAACCAUCAAACGGGGUAGCAAAACGACGAGUCCCGCCGUCGCCGCACGAGUUGCACUACACCACAAACAGAGCUCAAGCCGAGGAAAUGAAGAAGAGGACUUACUUGCCAUACAGACAAGGAUUAUUCAGUUGCUUGAGCUUCAGUUCGAAAAGUUACGGUGCACUUAACGGCCUCGCCAGAAGCUUGAAUACAGCCUCAUCCAGGUAGUUCACGGUGGCCGGAGUGGAUAAAAAAACAGGGUAAUACUGUUUUAUGUAUAGUUUCUUAAAUUAUAUAAUACUGUUUUGUGUAUUAAUUUGAUCUUUCAAAGGUAAGCCUAUUGUACAAAGAAGCUAUGUUAUGUAUUUUAUCAACAUUGUUAAAGCUUCUUUUCUUUGUGAUUACGGGAUUUUUAGGGGUAAUCAUUGUUGUAAUAAUCAAGCUCUGUUUGUU